AAAAGAAGGAUAAAUUGCAAAAAUAAGUUGUGAAACAUCAUCUAGUCCGCUUGGUAUGAGUAAAUCAUCUAGUAUCCUUGUCCAAACUGCAUCUCCAUCAUCAUUCCCACAAACGGAUGGAACAGUUCGUCACUGACGCUUUACACCCAUCUUGCAAAUUCCUUUGCCUUCUUCUUUUCUUUAGUAGAACACUUUGCCCGAUUCUGCUCUUGUUCUUCAUCCCCGACAGCCCCCCAAGCCCCUCCAGCCACUGACUCAUUUCUUUGAGAAAAUUGGUGACAAAGCUUGGUAUUUUUCCCUUCCUUUCUUGUUCUAGAACACAUAUAGAACCCAGAAAUCUUUCCCCCUCUACAGAAUUUUUGGAUCUGCUCUGCUCUGUCCUUCCGUCGGCUGCUCUUGUUUGUGGGUGCGAAUUUCUCUGAUUUUUGGAUUUCUUGAUUUUCUCCUGCACUUCCCGCAGGCAACUUCCCCAAUCUGCAGCUUCGGUUUGCUUGCUGGAUUUCCUGAAAGCGAAGUCAAGGACGGGGAAAAACAAGGGGAGUGACAAGUUAGAAGGUUAACCAUCUUGUAAAUUUGAUAUAGAUUUUAGAUAUAGAUCAUGAUCUUGUAAGCUACAUUUUAUUUGGAGACUUUUGAUAUCAGAGCAAAUAUUAAAAUUUUAUCAUUUAU